ACAUGUUAGUUGGUUGAAGUGUGCCGAGUUUUGUUUUCUUAUCCCUCCUGUUCAGUGAAUAAUUUGGAGGGGCUGUCAGCCAAUAGAGAUUAAACUUAGGCUACACACCAUAACGAGCCGGAUCCGCCCCAGAGAUUUUCCCUGUCUGCCAAAGGCUCUGCUGCUUACCUCAGCUGUAAAUGUCCUGCUUUACUUACUCUGGAAGAGGCUUUAAAACUUUGUGAAAGGAGUCCGAUAGGAUUUGAUGAGACAGACAAGCGCAUUUCUGACUGCCAUACUGAUGUGAGCUGUUGAGGCAUGACAAGCAAGUAAAGCAGGCUUUAUCACAGACAGCGCACCAUCCCCAUGAUUAAUCAUAUUCGCAUAUGGCAAUCAACUCGAAGAUGGACAUCUGGAGGCUCUUGUCGUCCCACCUUCUGUGAAGCUGUCGGCGCUCUUCCUGACACCCGGCGCUCGCUGGAGAGGCGGCAGUCACGCAGGAUGGAGGACUCUAGUUUAUGUCUUGGUGUAUCGUCAGUGGUGCCUGACGCCGAAGCCCACCUGAGCAAUGCUGUUCUAAACGGCCGUUACCCAAUCAGUCAAAAGCUUCACCAGCUCACUGCCCAGUUAGGACACGCCUUUCCCGACCUGCACCGCCCACAGCAGAUUCCCGAAGAGAAGGCGGCCACGCCGUUGGAUGAGAAGACACACCACGCAGCCCUGGCCAGUCAACCAAUCAGCAGCCAGAUGGCUCUACUAGCCAAUCAGCUCAAUCGAGACAUAGACGCAGGGGCACUGAGUGGGUUAAACGGGCGUGUCGACCUGCAGCAGUUUCUCAAUGGGCAGAACUUGGGCAUCAUGUCCCAGAUGAAUGAUAUCGAAGACGAUGCUCGCAAGAACAGGAAGUACCCGUGCCCACUGUGUGGCAAGCGCUUCCGUUUCAACAGCAUCCUGUCUCUGCACAUGCGCACACACACGGGAGAGAAGCCAUUCAAGUGCCCCUACUGUGACCACAGAGCGGCUCAAAAGGGCAACCUGAAGAUCCAUCUCCGCACCCACAAACUGGGGAACCUGGGAAAAGGCCGUGGCCGAGUUCGAGAAGAGAACCGGCUGCUGCACGAGCUCGAGGAGAGAGCCAUCCUGAGAGACAAGCAGAUGAGAGGGAGUGGCAGUCUCCUCCAGACCGCUCAGACGCCACAUCUGGGCCCCAACAGCAGCUCAAACACCCAUCAGCAGCAGUUAGGGUCAACCUGCGCCCCCACCCAUUCCUCCGGGCUCGCCACUCCAGACACAGUUUCUCAGCCGUCUUCCUCACCCAAGCCGGCCGGCGCUCAGGACGACCAGUCUCUGAACCCUACUGUGGGCUUCCGCUGUACCUUCUGCAAAGGGAAGUUCAAGAAGCGCGAGGAGCUGGACCGUCACAUCCGCAUUCUCCACAAGCCCUACAAAUGCACUCUGUGCGAGUUCGCCGCCUCCCACGAAGAAGAGCUGAUAAGCCAUGUGGAGAAGGCCCACAUCACAGCCGAGACCACGCAGGGCCAGGGUUCUGGUGGCUCCGGGGGCAUGCAGAUGGCCACCGAGUUUCGCUGCGAGGUCUGCGGCCAGGUGUUCAGCCAAGCCUGGUUCCUCAAGGGCCACAUGAGAAAGCACAAGGAGUCCUUUGAACACUGCUGCCAAAUCUGUGGCCGUCGCUUUAAGGAACCCUGGUUCCUCAAGAACCACAUGAAGGUGCAUCUGAAUAAGCUGGCCAUCAAGAGCAAGCCACCCCAGCCCAGUGAGCAGGACAUGGCCGCCGUCAACAGCAUGAGCAAUCUGGCUCAGGAAGCCCAUGCCAACCUUUAUUCCCGCUACAUCUCCUGUCUUCAGGGAGGCUUCCUUUCACCAGACAAGCAGGGCCUCAGCGAGCAGCACCAGAUGUUGGCUAAAGCGGGGAUAGCCAUGAAGGAAAAGGAGAUGUUAGGAAAGCUGCUUGGACCCAUGGCAGGUGCAAUAGGCCACGGGCUAGGUGAAAACGAGAAGCGCUCACUCCUUGGCUGUCUCAACCUCGUUCCACCGCUCAAGUCGAGCUGCAUGGAGCGCCUCCAGGCGGCUGCAAAGGUGGCAGAGAUGGACUCGAUCAAUAGCUACCAAGCCUGGCAGAUAAUGGCUCGUGGAAUGGCUAUGGACAGGGCUUUCAUGCCCAAGGAUCAGCAGCAGCAGCACCAUAUAACCCCGGGGCAGGAAGAUGAGAUGGCUGGUGCGGGCUCCUUGGCUUCCUUCUCAAAGGAGAAACAAGACUACUCCUUGAUUGCUUCCGGUGAUAGCUCCAAGCAGAAGCAGCUCUCCGAGGCCCUGCAGGGAUCCAAGGCUUCCAGUGGAGCAGUGAUGUCCAUGAAGGAGGAUGGAAGAGGCUUUGACGGUCACCGUGAUCUCAUGUCCCACCACGGUAGUGCUGAGGCUCCUGGAGCCCUGGCUGGCUUGGGAAGCCCAAACAUUGACUACAGCCUCUCCGGCCUGUCCGGCCUGAAGGAGAAGCCUUCAGAGUGCCCAGACUGCGGACGUGUCUUCAGAACCUACCAUCAAAUGGUCGUCCACUCGCGAAUCCACGGUAAAGACAGGCGAGGCAUUGACGAGGCACUUCAGCAAGGACUGGAUGAACGCCGUGGAUCGGCCAGUGACCCCGAGUCCCAGUCCAUCAGCCGCUCCACCACUCCCGGUUCAUCCAAUGUGACAGAGGAGAGUGGCGUUGGCGGGGGACAUUCCCAGACAGGAAGCAUCCAGGACGACAGCCCCCAUCCCUCCUCACCAUCUUCAGAUGUUGGCGAGGACUUGGUGAAGACAGCGGGGAGUAUCCAGCCGCCUCUGCCCCAGCAUCGAGAGCGCUCCCUGGGCUCGUCCUCCAAGGACUGCCCUUACUGCGGCAAGUCCUUCCGCACCUCCCAUCACCUGAAGGUCCACCUGCGGAUACACACAGGAGAGAAACCCUACCGCUGCCCUCAUUGUGACUACGCCGGCACCCAGUCUGCCAGUCUCAAGUACCACCUGGAGCGCCACCACCGCGAACGUCAGAACGGCUCCACCACGUCAGGCUCCUCCUCUGGCCACACCCCUUCUUCUGACCACAAAGAGGAUCAUGGGAAGACGGGCGGAGGCAUCUUUGCCCGACCGGACGUCCUCCGUAAUGUUUUCAAGAGCAUGCCCCCCAACCUGGACUUCAGAGCAGGGCCGCUGCUGCCGCAUCAGUGGGCAUCGGCUCCCAUCGUGUCCUCUCACAACCGGGAUCGUGACUGUGGGGACCGCCGCUUUGACUCCGCCUCUUCAGCUGAGAACACGAAGACUGCCGAUGGACCUUCCACCAUAGUCUCCGCGGACGGCGCCGCCAGCUUCUCUGACCUAAGCCGGGCUUACCAAAGCAUGAUGGGAAACGGAGUCCACUUUCAGGGUUCUCUCCAGGCUUUCAUGGACAACUUUGUCCUCAGCUCCAUGAAGAAGGAUGUGAAGGACAGCCAGAGUCCAGCCCAGCUCCAGGCCCAGCGCUACCAUGACAACGGCGAGCCCAAAGCCAAGAGGGCCGCCUCCGGGGAGCAGGACAGAGAGGAGAAGCCUGAACCCAAACAAAACUCGGAGCCGGGCAAACCCGGGUCCCAGUACGAACCGCUCGAUCUGUCUGUGUCGGUCCGACCCGAGUCUGCAUCCGGAUCACUCCCUGGCACCUCCGUCACCAUUCACGAUAACGUGGCGUGGCACGGAUGUCUCUUCUGCUCCUUCUCCACUUCCUCAUUGGAGCUCAUGGCUCUGCACCUCCAGGCCAACCACCUGGGCAAAGCCCCUCUGCAGCACGCCGACGCAGGCAAGGACGCUCACCGAGAGGGUUCUCCGACCACCUCCACCCUUCACUCCUCCAACACCAAGGCCUCGGGCAUGGCCCCGGAGAGAGAUGGAGACAGAGAUGGAGAAAAAGGCCAGGGAGGCUGGAAUAACCACAUGGAGCAGCCAUAUAACCCCUUCCAGAGUGAAUUCUACAGAAGGUUUGGCGGCUUGUAUGAUGGAUCUCCAAGAGUCAGUCAGGGCAUUCAGGGGUACAUAGCCCAAGCAGACCACGGUCUGGACCUGCCCAGCCAGGUCUUCGGAGGGGCCUCUUCAGCCGGCCCUGACCAGAUGGGCGACAGGGGCUCCUGUGGAGAUGCUGAAGAUGACCAAGUUGGAUCUGAAGACGAGGCUGGAAAAACCGGCGUGCGCAGCACCAACGAGACCCCGUCGACCACACCCAAGAGACGGCAGCAAAACCACUCUGACGAAGACGAGGAGGAGGGAGGAGUGGCUGAAGAAGAGGAGGAAAGAGACGAGGAUGGGCAGAUGGACGUGGACAGAGAGGAAGAAGGAAGUCCCAAACAGCUCCAAGAUGAUUCCGCUCUGCCCCUGAGGAGCGGAGCGGCCAUGGCGACACCGUCCUCCGCCAUGACUCCACUUUCUCUGGUUCCUCCGCCCCAGAACCAGACUCUGCCGCUGGAGAAACAGUGGCAGCAGGGCUUGGGCCUCCUAACCCCCGGAGGUCCACCAGGACUGUUGAAGGCGGAGCAGCAGACCCACCUGGAGCAGCAGAUGAACAUGCUGUCUGUCCUGAGAGCCUACAGCAACGACAGCCUCCCUGCGUUCAACGGCCUGGGCGGCGGAGCGGGCGGGGCGCCCCCGGGGGGCAUGAAGAGGUCGGACGCACCUGGCCGCAGACCGUUCAGGUGCAGUUACUGCCCCUACAGCGCCUCGCAGAAGGGCAACCUGAAGACUCACGUGCUAUGCGUGCACCGCAUGCCCUUUGACAACAGCCGCUACCCCGACAGACGCUUCAAACGUUCCCGCCCUGACCGUGACGCCCCGGAGAACAGCUCUGAUGAUGUCACAUCGAACAACUCUAUGACGGGAGUGGACCGUGUGACACAUGAGCGGGAGUGACGGCGCUCUACAGACAGACCGGUCUGCACAAAGUAACCGUGUGUGUUAUUAGACGCCUGUGAACACUUACUAGGAAAACACGAUUAAUCAGCAGUGAACACACUUCCUGUAAAAACCCAGAGCAGAACGCAACACGCCGACCGAUAAUGGGGAUGAUGGCGUGUGCGUGGGGGGGGCAUUGGUACCAACCUGACUGCUGCUGUCAUCGCAGAGGAAAUAAUUCAGAGGUAACCGGACGCUGGACGCUACGCCGAGGGAUCCCAUCAGCUGACCUGAGCCCCUCCCACACACACACUUCUCCAUCCUUCCCUUCACUCUCCCUCAAACACAACACAAAUCAAUCAGCGGCUUAUUUACAGCAUCCAUUAGCCAACAUCAAGGCUGGAGGUCACCUUACCACACCAGCGAAGGACCAAGACUCAUGACAGUUUCAGUUUUGGACUCUGAUCAGUGCUGGGGGUCUGAGAUAAUGGUUAUGUCUCUGAUUAGGAUUGUUCUCCAAGCCGUCACUCUGUUUGAACGGGUCUCACUGUGUCUCUGGAUAUGAGUCCUUAGAGGGGAAAGCUGACGUCGUGAAGUCAAACGUCAUUCUUUCAUUUUUUUACGAGUAAAACAGGAAAUGAGCCUUUGUUGUUCUUCACUGUGCCGGCAGCUGUCGGUGACUGUCGGCCGAGGAGGAGAAGGAAAGCGUGGCGCUCGCUGUCAUGGCAGCGGCUUUGGGUUCGUAAUGUUUUUCUGAUAAAGAGAAAUGAUCGGGACUUUUACACAAUCAGUAUCUCCCAAACACACACACAGGAGGACUCAACCCCAGGGUCCUAGUGCCCAUGGUGUUUACACUACACACACACACACACACACACACACACACACACACACACACACACACACACACACACACACACACACACACAGGACAUUACAUUCAUUCAAACUCAGUCACAUGACUCCCAAAACGAGCUUUGAGGGAAAAGGAACUGAAGCGUUCGCUGAUCUUAUUGUGCUGAUCACAAAGUGCGGCGCCAAGUUGUGCCAAGUUGUGCCUCGCCGCGGCACCUUUGAAGGUCAUUGCUCUCCGUUUGCAGUUCUCAGUUUUCACAGUGUCAUUUCCACCCGGCGAGGAAUUUGUGAGUCUUCGCAGUCACGUCGGCGUCAUCUGUGCUGCGAAGGGUUUUUAUCACAGCACCAUACAAGUUUCACGCUUAUGACUGCGAGCACGUUUCCCUCACAGCCAGUGGUUGCUCACUGGUCUGUAGGCCCGACCAUAAACCGAUUCAUGUUACAGGUGAUCUGUGUCGCCAGGAAUGAAGAUAGGUUUACAGUGUGGCACACACAUGCAGACACACAGUGUGUGUGAUGAAGCAGGAGAGAGAAAAAGGAUGUGACAGAAGUUGAACACUGAUGUGAUGCAGGUGUAACUCGAGCAGGACGUCAGCCGUCACUGCCCUCCAACUGAGAGCCACGUAACGUUCCCGUGAUGUAGUCUGAGCUUUAGGUUUCCGUACAUUACUCUGUCCUUGGUGGCUGCAGCUUUGUACACGUGUAUGUGCUAAACAUUUAUAUCUAUACACAUUUAUAUUAACAUAAAGUCAGCAGGGGAAAAGAAGUUUGUAAAGAGUUCACAUUCCAGUUUCUGGCUGGAGUUCUCGGGCUUUUUGCGAAUCGGAACAUUUUCAUCAUGUUCAGAUGAGGCAAUCAUUUCUGGUUUCAGACACUGGAAAAUGCCAUUUGUUGUCAUCCCUCUGUGACUUAUACUCUUUGUCCACGCCUGAGAAAGAUACGCCAUUUUCCCCUCAGCUGUAAUCCUAAAAUAAUCCAUUCCAUUGUCCCCGUGCUGUUUCAUCUCUGUCAAGCUUCUUAUUUAAGUAGCACAUGCAGUUUUGCUCACUUAUAAUCGCCGGUGCUAGAGGAGAAAAAAGAUGAACCCAUUAUAUCCCCCGCAGCUCUGUAGUGUCCACGUUCCUGAAGGAAGAAGAGCUCUUUAGCCCAGAGGAGGCGAUGUGAGGAGAAGGGGUUUGUUGCAAACUAUGAGCUUAUACUCACAGUAGAUACGUCUGCAUUUAAGAAACAGAUAUUUAUUCUUGCACAUCUGUCAGAGAGAAGAUGAAACUCAUUAAAGAGGUGUAUCAAACAUUUGUCUGUUUACUCUUCCUGCGUUCUAGAUGUUCUGAUGUACUUUGAAGCCAUGAGAUUUAUCUGAUGUUUUUUUUGCAAUAAAACCUCUACCUCUGGGAAUCACGUCCUCUCAGUUUGGAUCCCUUCCCUUCAGAUCAAUCACACCGCUAAAGGAGAUGAAGAAGCGUUCCGACUGUGGAAUGACUGCACACACCUGAAGCGCUCGAAUGCUUCGCUCAAAUCAAAGCGACGAGUCUUAAAAUGGACCCUAAGAAGCAGAAAUAUGACCUGAGAAUGCCGUUUGCUUGUAAGUGCUGGCUCUUAUUGACUCACUCAUUACAUGUGAAAUCACAGGAGCAGUACAAAUAAAGGCUUUAAUGUCCCAACAGGGACGCAUGUAGGAAACCCAGGGGAACCAAAAAUAGCUGGGAGAGGUGGUGCAGAGAACACUAAAAGCCAGUCUACGACCCCGAAAGCAUCUCUUUGAGGCUAUACUGAGGCACACUGAUGCUUUUCCUUCAGGCAAAGUUUACCACCUUGUGUUCAUGACUAAAGUCAAAACACAAACGAAGAUGGAAACGCUUGGUGGGAUUGGCUGAUAAACUAGAAAUCCUGACGUAGUGGUACUGUUGCAGGCUCACACAGGUCCAGCAGGGUUAGGCCAGGGUGUAGCAAAGACAGUCUGAAAUUUGGUUGGUGCAACCACGGUCACCUCCAUUGACUGAUUAUAACAAAGCCCCGUCAAGACCAGCUUCAGGUCAGCGUGGAGAGCUCAGUGUAGGCCCCUCCAUGUCUAUCAAAUUCAGUUCAGUUUAUUUUUAUUUAUAUAAAAGCCUGAAGGCGCCUUAUGUUGAAAGGAAAUCCCAACAAUCAGACAGACCCUCAAUGAAUAAGCAUUUGGCGACAGCGGGAAGAAAAACCUCUCUGUAAGAAACCAUCAGGAGAACCAAGCUCAGGGAGGGGGCAGACUUCUGCUGCAACCGGCUAGAGGGGUACGCUUUGGGCCGUUAUGUUAAAGAGGGAACACACAUGCUGCUGUGGAGGCGGCCCGUGCUGGGGAAUAGCCACACGACGCACGUGGAGUGUGGAGUUUUGAGGGAAAAUGAACCGAAGGGUUUACUGAUGUUAUCGUGCCGACCGCAGACAGUCCUGCGUUUAUGCUUCUGCAUCAUAAAAUCCAGAAACAUAAAUAAAUGUAAUUAAAUAAAAAAAUCGUUUUUCAUGAAAACUACAACAACUCCAGCAAACAUUCAAGUGCAUGAGGCCUUUAAAAUGUGCUGCGCCGUUAUUUAACAGUGCAGUAGAUGCUGUUGUAGGUUAACCCCUACAACAGCUCCCUGAUGUUAUAGGGGUUAACCACCGGUUCUAAAGUGAAAGCUGCCAGGAAACGUCAGAGAACCAAUGCGGUAACACCUCACCGAAAAGCCCCCGCCCACUGUCGUGUGGGUAAAAACAUGUAGGAAAAGUGAAGCGGCUGCAUCAAAUUCACCAUCAGGGCUUCUCAUUGAUUAAAUGUUAGCCACCAGAUGAAAGUCCCUGUCCUCCUAACACCAAAUUAAGAAAGAAGCACUGAUUUCUGUCAAAUACAUCUGAAGUGUGCUGAAGCAGACCAAACCCAGCAAACAUGCCCGUGUGGACCCACAGCAGGUGGCCGUGUAUGCCCACACAGCUGACUGCAGUUUUGCCCUUUUGGAAAUUCCAGCAGGGAUUUCUGUGGGCAAAGCAUUCAUUGUCCCGUGUGGGUUAGCCCUGCAGAUCUCCUAUCAGUUUUCUGGGGUGUCCCUACAUUAGCCCCAAAGCGGCAUGUUUGCUAGAAAAUGCUGGGAAAACCAGUCAGCGCAGCAACAUUUCGAACCCUGAAGCCGCGCUGCUAUUGGUUGACUGGAAAAACAUCUAUUUCAGCGCACCUUGGCCGACCGGCAUUCAGCUGUCUCUCCAGAGUCCCACCACAGCCUCAGACUGCUGCUACUGCUACUUCCUGUUCUUAGUCCAGUAGCGCUGUUUACACCGAGCUCAUCGCGGCUGGGGAUAACCCGGCUUCUCCCAAGAGUCUUUGAUCUGUUGAGCCCAGGUUUGUUUCUUUGGCCUCACAGACUGGCAGCUGUAACUGAGAGCUAUAAAAAUUUAAAAAAUCAACGUGUCAAACAUUUGGCUGAUGCAAAGUCAGAAGAGACGUAAAAAUACCUGCAAUGAAAGUACAAAAAAAAGGGGGAAAGCCACGCAGCAGCUGAAUUUGAAAUGUUGUCCCCAGGAUGAGUGCUUUUUACUGUUAAUGGAGAAAUAGAGUGCGUGGCAUAUUUAAUGGGUUUUGUUUUUAUUGUACAGCACUGAAUAAUUAACUGGGAAGCAGCAUGUCACAUAGAUUUAUCUUUUAAUUAAAAUAACGUGGUUCACGCAUAUUUGAGUGGUAGUCCAAAUAAAUGCAAUAUCCAAAUUUAUGUUUUGUUUAUCUUCCUGUUAAUUAUGCGGAGAUUGUUCACUGUACAGCCCUUCAUAUCCCCCCUCCCUCUCCCCCUGUCUCCGAGUAAUAACCAGUCAGGUUUUAUUAAUUUAUGGAUAAUUGUGGCUACACGAGUAAGGUGCAUGGCAUCAAACUGGCUUAUUCUUAUAAAGUGAGAUGAAUGUGUGGGGGUGGCUGAUGCCUCCACAAGACAACAAUAAAGAGAAGAACAUUUUUCCAUCCUCGUCUUCAGGAUUACGCUAAUUUCUAAUAUCCGUUUUCUCAUUAGAGCCGAGACAAGAGCAAACAAGGACCGCCUCCUCAGACGCCACUUCAUGCAGUGAAAUCAUCCCAGCAGAGGACACCCAGUCCCAGCGUGGCUCUCGGUGGUCUGUCUAAAGGAAGGAGUUUUGUCAGCGAGUCCAUGAAACCUUCAACUGGUGGCAAAAAGCAUCACUUUCUCUGUGGUCCACAUGGUGUUAUUUUCCUUAUUUCCUGGCAUUUAUCUUAGUAUAUAUAUUAAUAAAUAUUUACGUCUCACAUAUGAAAUUUGGCAACAACAACAACAAAAAAAAAAAAGUACAAAAACCUUCAGAGUUCAUGAACCAACAUCAACACGUGAGACACACCUUAAUACUAACAGCAUGUCUCAGAUCGACAUCAUUACAAAGCUUACUACGAUGCACAUCUGUUCCCGCCUUAAUCAGCCUGGAUGGAACUUCCAGGGUGAUCCUUACAGUUCAUAUCUAUUAUAUUUGGUAGCUGACCUCAAAACUAACAGUGACAUUACAUGAACAUGGCCACCCCUAUUUUUAGUGCAGUAGAACUGGAAUGUGAUGCCAUGCACAUCUGUAAGCAGGUGAUGCUAACAUUGCUUGUAAUCGAUUACUUUGUGUUACAUGAUGGAUAUGUAGCCUGCAAAGAAGGAUAAUAAACUUAUUUUUUGGUGUUUACGGACAGAGGUUUAAGUCAUCUGUCCAUAAACAGAGAUAACAACAUUAACAGACAUGUCUGUGUUUUCAAACAUGAGCUGACAGGGCAACA